GCAGCCCCACCCUUAUCUGUAUAUGAAACAUGUGUUUUUUGACCUGUACUUUAUUAAUUAUAACCCUUAAUGAUACACCUUUAGAUUUCACAUCUCGUAGUUAGGAACCGUAUCUGACAUGCAUAUCAAAAAGAAUAUUACAUACAAAAGAAAGAGUCUCAAACCUGAGUGCUUUAUCAUUUUCAACAUAUUCUCGUAACGCUUCAUAAAAAAUGUCUUAUAUCAGUUUCGUUUAUAUCACCAGAUUUAAAAAACGAUUCGGUUUUAUUUCACUGCAUAAGAAAAAAAGACAGAAACGAGGAGUCACGUGAAACUGGUUCUGGUCAUGUGAUCAUGUGAUCUGAAAAUGGCAGCUACGGGGGACGAGGCCGCGGCGAUGGAGAGCAUCAGUAAAGCACCGGUUCCCCCGACCGACCUCAACCUCACCCCCACCCCCACACCUACACCUACCCCCGAACCCGAACCCGAACCCGAGCCCAGGAGAGAAGUGGCCGCAAACGAUGCGACGGAAAACCAAAAAGCCAAAAGACCCAGUAAUAACAAUGACGGAGGAGUGGAGACAGCAGAGGAGGCCACUGAACCCGCUGAACCUGAUAUCAAUGAGCUCUGCAGAGACAUGUUUGACAAAAUGGCAGUUUUCUUACAGGGAGAGCUCACCGCAACCUGCGAGGACUACAAACUCCUGGAGAACAUGAACAAACUCACCAGUCUGAAGUACAUGGAGAUGAAGGACAUAUCCAUCAACAUCAGCCGCAAUCUACAAGAUCUCAAUCAGAAAUAUGCCAGUUUGCAGCCUUAUCUGGAUCAGAUUAACCAGAUCGAGGAGCAGGUUACGGCUCUGGAACAGGCUGCUUAUAAACUAGACACAUAUUCAAAGAAACUGGAGGCCAAGUUUAAGAAACUGGAGAAGCGGUGAAAAUGACUAGGAACUCCUUCAAAGUAGUCAUUCUCAAAAUAUACCUGGAAGUCUCUCAGAGAUUUUUGUUUGUUUUAUGCACUAAACAAUCUUCAGACCGAUAUCACAUACACUAUGGCAGUGUCAUAGUCUCUGAGUAUGGAUUGUGUGGCAGUACAUAAUACUGAAUGCUCAUUUAUUGAUCAGACGCUACACAGUCUAGACUGCAAAGGGCAAGAGUGUAGAGUUUGACAUGCUUUCUGACCAACUCCUGGUUUCAAAAUACACGUUUAAUACUCAAAAACGCAUGAAUACAGAUAAACCUGUACAGUGUAUUUAAAAUAGCUUGUUACAGUAUAUGUUGUUAAAAAUGAUUUACACAUUAUUUCUGUUAAAUAGUGAUCAAAAUCUUAACUAACCUAACUAAAAUGUCAAUUUGUGAAUUUUUGGAAUAAAAAAAAAGUGUGAAGUGAA